AUGGGCGCAGAACUAAAUAAUGCUCUAAAAAUUUUUGUUGCUCCUGAUAAACCAGAAAGUCGUACGUAUCAACAAAUUCGCAAUGUUUUAAUUGCACAUUUCGACGUCAAGAAAAAUAAAUAUGCAGAAAGUGUUAAGUUCCGACAAAUUGUACAGCUACAGAAUGAAUCCAUUGCUAAUUUCUCACAACGAUUAAAGCAAGGGGCUACGUUCUGCGAAUACGACACAUUUCUCGACAGGAUGUUGAUUGAACAGCUCCUACAUGGUCUCACCGAUCGUGAUAUGCGCGACGAAAUAAUCGCCAAGAAACCUACUACAUUUAAAGACGCUUACGAAAUAGCACAUACAUUGGAGUCAACUCGGCAAACAGCAGAUGAGGUUACCUCUACUUCUAAUAAGAUACAUGCGCUAUCUUAUUCAACGACGCAUUUCAAGCAUAAACGGUAUGCUUCACAUACAUCGCGCAGUGCUUCUCGGAAGCAAGAUCAUGGAGAACAACAAGGUCAGUACGCUUGUUAUGGAUGCGGAGAACGUCACAAAUGCAGUGAGUGUCCAUUUCGUACUUCUGAGUGUCAUAAGUGCAAAAAACGUGGGCACAUAGCGAAAGUUUGCAGGGCUUCAUCUUCGCUUUCUACUUCUCAAAUACGACGUUCUAAAGAGCCUGCAACACAAAUAGAUACAUUGAAAUGUUUCAACGCAGUCGAAGAAAUCUACGUUAUUGAUAAGUCUUAUGGUAAGAAAAUACUUCAAGUGCUCAUUGAAGGCCACAAAUUAAAUAUGGAAUUAGAUUCUGCUGCACCAUAUAGUUUCAUUGGUAGCGAUACACUUCGUAACCUCAAACCUAAUUUUCAAUUACAGCCAACUUCUAAGAAAUUCAUAAGUUACUCGCAACAUCGCCUCAACUGCAUCGGGACUUGCUCUGUCAAUGUCUCAUUUGGUUCUACAUCUCGUCAACAUCCGGUCUACGUUAUUCAAGGUUCUUACGAUUCCUUAUUUGGUCAUGAAUAG